CCUUAAUCUAGGAACCAAGCGCAACCGUGGACGUGUUUCCUUUCGGACAUUCACACUUGUGACAAAUUUCCGAAGUACACAUUUCAGCAUGGCGUGGAGAAAAAUGUGUAACGUUGGAUCUCUAAUUGUGUACAGCAUAACGAUUGUUGCGGCGUUGUAAUUAUUCAUUUAGCUCUUUAUAGAGGUGAAAUAUUCCUGUUUAAACCAUGAGUACCGAUUAGUUAUGUUAUUGUUACUUAGCAAAUGUAGCUAAAGUUAGCGAAUUCGUUCAUGUUUAAGCUUCUGAUCACAUGUUAGAAGAGCUAGUGAACUUGUAGCAAGUAGCUAACUUACUGAGCUACAGAACGUUUGAAGUAUAUUGGGUUGUCAAAAGCUAGUCAUUUAGCAAGGUUAAUUUUUUUAAUGAGAUAUUAAGAGUAUAAAGUGGAAGUCCUGGCUGUCAUUACUCUCACACUGCUUCCCACCAAGAAAUCAGAACCGAGUUGACAGCAAGAUUUUCAAAAGCAAAGCUCACAGCCAUCGAGACAUGAUGUGUAAAGUCAAACCAGAGAAAACGGACUCUGAUGCUUCUAAAAUGCCAAAAUCCAGUCAGAGCCAAACGAAAAAGAAACCUCUAAAGAAAACGUUUUAUCAACACACCAAGAAAAAAGAGCCCAUUUCAAAAGAUCAAGGUAAAACCAAGGCGUUGCUUCCCCCGAAAGAUGCCCAACAGUUUUCAACCAACUGGAAAACGUUACUAGAGGUGUUCAAAUCCAACCCCCCUCCUGUGAAAAGACAACUGUUUCAGCAGAACUCAAAGAAGGAAGUCCCUAAUAAACCCACCAAAGACAUUUCAAAGAAGGACGAGACUCAUAAGAAACCAACGAAAGACAUUCCGAAGGAGGUGGCGGUGGUGCAUAAGAAGCCUGCUAAGAACUUAUCAAAGACAGUGACUGAUGCCAAGGCAAUAAAGCCCAAGCAGGUGAACAGUGGGAAAGGAUGGAAGGACAGUUCUGUUCCUAGUAAAACUCAGGUGAAUGGGAUAGAUCCAGGACGAUCGGGGACAGAACAGCCCAAAGCCAAGAAGAGGAAACCGAGCAGUGUCCAGAUAGACAGCAAUGCACAGUUGAAGAAGAAGAAAGUAGAAUUGGAGGAAAAGAAACCCACUGAAUCGGACAUGUGGUUUGAUGAUGUGGACCCUGACGACAUUGAGGCCACAGUGGGAACAGAGGCAGCCAAUAUCAUGAGGAAGAUUCAAGGCACUCAGAAGACAGACGCCCAGACCACAGAGAGCGCGCUGGUCAAGGACAGGGCAUUUGAGGGCCUGACCAAGGCGGUGGCUAUGGACUGUGAGAUGGUGGGUGUGGGGCCAGAUGGCGAGGACAGCAUCGUAGCCCGGGUCUCCCUUGUCAACCAGUUUGGAAAGUGCAUCUAUGACAAAUUCGUCAAACCCACAGAGAAGGUGACGGACUACAGGACAGCUGUCAGUGGUAUCCGACCAGAUGACAUCAAAAACGGUGAGAAUGUGAAGACCGUACAGAAAGAGGUGGCUGAGAUCCUCCAGGGGAGAACGCUUGUGGGACACGCCAUUCACAAUGACCUCAAGAUUUUGUUUUUGGAUCACCCAAAAAAGAGAAUCAGAGACACCCAGAAGUAUAAACCUUUCAAGAAAAUUGUGAAGAGUGGUCGGCCCUCUCUGAAACUCCUGUGUAGAGAAAUACUCGGUGUCAAAGUACAACAGGGAGAACAUUCAUCCGUCCAAGACGCCCAGGCGACCAUGAGGUUGUACACGGUGGUGAAGAAACAUUGGGAGGCAGAGAUCAAGGCUAGUCAUAACAACCCGGAGUUAACCAAGAAGACAAAGGAACCAAGGAAGCCCAAAUCGCCCAAACACAAAUGA